GCGGCUACAUGGCCGCGCGGGUCGGCCUGCUGCUCCGUGUCCUGCCGCUGCUGCUGUGGGGCGGCCUGGACGCCCAGCGCGUAGGCCGGGAGCUGCGCCGGGAGGCGGAGGCAUUCCUGGAGAAGUAUGGAUAUCUCAGUGACCAGGUCCCCAGUAGUCCUUCCUCCACGCGAUUCAGUAAUGCCAUCAGGGAGUUCCAGUGGGUUUCCCAGCUGCCCAUCAGUGGGGUGCUGGACCCCGCCACCCUGCGUCAGAUGACUCAGCCCCGUUGCGGGGUGGCAGAUACUGACAGCCAGAUGCCUUGGGCCGAGAGAGUCAGCGCCCUCUUUUCGGGACACCGGGCCAAAAUGAGGCGUAAGAAACGCUUUGCAAGGCAAGGCAACAAGUGGUACAAACGGCAUCUCUCCUACCGCCUGGUGAACUGGCCCCAACACCUGCCCGAGCCCGCAGUCCGGGGGGCCGUGCGUGCCGCCUUCCAGCUGUGGAGCAACGUCUCGGCGCUGGAGUUCUGGGAGGCCCCGGCCACGGGCCCCGCUGACAUCCGCCUCGCCUUCUUCCAAGGGGACCACAACGACGGGCUGAGCAACGCCUUCGAUGGCCCAGGGGGCGCCCUGGCGCACGCCUUCCUGCCCCGCCGCGGGGAAGCGCACUUCGACAGAGACGAGCGCUGGUCCCUGAGCCGUCGGCGCGGCCGCAACCUGUUCGUGGUGCUGGCGCACGAGAUCGGCCACACGCUGGGCCUGACCCACUCGGCCGCGCCGCGCGCGCUCAUGGCGCCGUACUACAAGAGGCUGGGCCGCGACGCGCUGCUCAGCUGGGACGACGUGCUGGCCGUGCAGAACCUGUAUGGGAAGCCCCAGGGGGGCUCAGUGGCCAUCCAGCUGCCGGGAAAGCUGUUCACUGACUUUGAGGCCUGGGACCCCCUCAGACUCCAGGGAAGGCGCCCGGAAACCCGAGGUCCAAAAUAUUGCCAUUCUUCCUUCGAUGCCAUCACUGUAGACGGACAACAGCGCCUGUACGUUUUUCAAGGGAACCAGUUCUGGGAGGUGACAGCUGACGGCAACGUCUCAGAGCCCCGCCCACUGCGGGAAAGGUGGGCGGGGCUGCCGCCCCACAUCGAGGCAGCCGCCGUGUCAUUGGAGGAUGGAGACUUCUACUUCUUCAAAGGGAGUCGAUGCUGGAGGUUCCGGGGCCCCAAGCCAGUGUGGGGCUCCCCACAGCUGUGCCGGGCCGGGGGCCUGCCCCGUCACCCCGAUGCUGCCUUCUUCUUCCCUCCUCUGCGCCGCCUUGUCCUCUUCAAAGGCACUCGCUACUACGUGCUGGCCCGAGGGGGGCUGCAGGUGGAGCCCUACUAUCCCCGAGGCCUGCAGGACUGGGGCGGUAUCCCGGAGGAGGUCAGCGGCGCCCUGCCCAGGCCGGACGGCUCCAUCAUCUUCUUCAGGGACGACCGCUACUGGAGCCUCGACCAGGCCAAACUCCAGACAACCACCUCGGGCCGCUGGGCCACAGAGCUGCCCUGGAUGGGCUGCUGGCACGCCAACUCAGGGGGCGCCCUGUUCUGAAGACGCCCCCACCUCUUAGUGAGUGCCUUCAUGGCCAAUGUGUGUCCCUUGCUCCAAGGGCAGACAAGCCUCUGAGCCUCCCCACAGAAGCCCGGGCAAGAAAGGUGGUCUGUGUUUGUUCCCUGGAGGAUGUCUUUGUGCUGUCAAGACACUGCAUUCGAGAUCUCAUUUCCCAAGCAGGGAUCGAACCCCUGUCCCCCUGCAGAGGAAGCACGAAGUCUUAACCACUGGACCACCAGGGAAGUCCCGAGACAUUGACCAUUGUGGGAUCAACUCAACGAGAAGCUAAAAAGGGUCCCAGACCCCAUGGGCCCUUUCCCCAGGGACUCAUUCCUCCCCAGGCCUUGGGGAUUAUGCUUCUGCCCCAAAGGUGCAGUUCCUGUCCCCGAGGCCACAGUACUGGACAACCAGGAAGGCUGCCAAACUCAGCGGAGAAGUUGGGACACUUUCCCAGGCUGUCCCUUCCCCUCAGGACCUCCUGACUUGGUCCCUAGAGAACUGUGUCUUAUUUAAUCAGAGGCCCUGCCACCAGGAAGCUUGUAUGGUUUGGGUACCAGUCUCAAACCUCAGGGGAGUCAGGACCCAGAACAAGGAGACCAAUGUAGACCUGCUGGGCCCUGUUAUUUUUUGGGGGGAGGGUGGGAAUAAAGCUGUGCUCCCAGCGAGUGGACUUGGA